CUGCUGCACUUUUACAUCAGAUUGGUUCAACCAGAGUCCACCCGAAACCUCAGUCUGCGGGUUAGCUUAGCGUUCUUCCGGGAACAACAAGCUGCUGUUUUCUGACGUCCACCAUGGAGGACAGGUACAUCAAACCCGGUAACCAGGAGCGGGGCUGGAACGACCCCCCUCAGUUCUCCUACGGCCUUCAGAAGGCCCGCGGACCACAGAGGAACCUCCUGAACAAGAGAGCAGCUCCACCAUCAGGUGCAGGAGAAAUGCCUUCAGCCCCGCCCUCCUUCAACCCAGCUCUGCCUCCACCUGGUGGGAUGGCCACACCCCCUACUCACUUGGGGCCAAUGAGAAGUCAGAGUGAUGUCGACAGUAGCCAAUCAGAAAGAGAGCCUGAUGUAGAGGAUGUGGUUUUGGUGCUGAACCGAGCACUUUGUGCCUGCAGACACGCUGUUAAAGAUCAGGUGUGCAAUGAUGUGGCAAAGCGGCUCCGCCUCCUGGAGGACAGCUGGAGGUCAGGUAGACUCAGCCUACCUGUCAGGAGACGCAUGGACGCCCUGUCUCUGGAAUUACAGUCGGGUCGCUGGGACUCGGCUGACGAGAUCCAUCGCUCUCUGAUGGUUGAUCAUGUGACUGAGGUCAGCCAGUGGAUGGUUGGUGUCAAACGCCUCAUCGCUGAGACCCGAAACCUGAGUCCAGAACUACUAGAACCUCUUCAGAACCCAACAGGACCAGUCCAGGACCCAGUAGAUCCAGUCCAGGACCCAGUAGAACCAGAACCAGUCCAGGACCCAGCAGAACCAGUCCAGGACCCAGCAGAACCAGUCCAGGACCCAGUAGAACCAGAACCAGUCCAGGACCAUAAAGAUCCAGUCCAGGACCCAGUAGAACCAGAACCAGUCCAGGACCUGGUUUGCCAGUCCUGACUUUCAAUCAAGUUUCUGUCCGGUCUUAAUAAACUCGAGUUCUUUAAUCAAAAGCAGGAUCUGGUGGUUUUCACGUCCUGCUGCUGUGGGAGUGUUGAAGGUCUGAUCUUGGACCAGGUAGGGGCUGUAGGUUCCUUCAGGAGACUUAAGCAGAGAUGGAUCUGCUCUUUACACCUUUCAGUUAUCAGCUAAACUGUAGCUGGACUUUGUAGACUUUAGGUUUGAGACUCUGGACACUCUGACCUCAAACUCUCUCUCCAACUUCAGAUAAACUCUGAACAUACUACACUUUGAACAAAGACUCAAAACUCUUUGAACCCCAGAACCUCUGAAAACCUGGUUUCACUUGUCUGUCAGUAACAGUCAACCUUCAGAGAGUUUCAGAGCCUGGUCUUGUGGAUCCUGAAGUGGUUUGAAAGUUUGUUACUGUGAUGUGGAAAUAAAUCAGUUUUCUCUCCUU